ACAAACGGCACUGUUAUUUAGACUUCUCUGCAGGCUGCACCUAUUCCAUUCCAGUUGCAGAUCAUGGGAAGCAUGAAAAAAGAAUCACACAAGCAAAGCAAGUUCAAGCAUUACAUUUCAACUCCGGUAAGAAUUCUAAAGAAGGCAAAGGAUUUAUACGUUAACGGGCUAUUGGCUUGUUCCGGAAGACUUGCUGGCUCUGCACCUGUUCAUAUUUCAGUUUCACACCUCCCUGCAGACACUGCUAAAGAAAAUAGUGGUGAAAGACAGUCUCUAAGGGAGAUUUUCAGAACCGCGCCGAUGAAUGAAAUGAGAUUUGUAACUAAUGGAGAAAGAGUAGUGCCGAUAAGAAAUACUAUAGGGAGUGAAAUGGCUAUGCAAAGAAGGCAAAGGCAACGGAUUGCGGCGGGGUAUAAGUAUAAUAGAAAUAAAAUGAGUUAUCAGACUGAGGUGAGAAAGAUGGGAAGAAUUGAUGAAGAUAAACCUUGUUGUUUUGAGGAAGAUGAAAGUGAUCAUUCUAUUUCCAAGGGAAAUUUAGUGUAUUUGUAUCCAAGAAGUAGAAGGAUCAACACUGUUGUUAAAGUGCCACCAGUUUAAGCUGCAAUUUUGUUGAUCUAUGGUUAAACUUUUUGUGUAGUUUCACCAUGUAGUUUUGGGAGUGUUAGUUUUUAGUUUUGGCUAAUAACGUUGUUUGUUGAUUAAGUAUAGGAAAAAGUUGUUUUGUUCUUAUGAGUUUUGGUGGUUGGAUGAGUUGUGUGUAUAAUGGUAUCAUUAAUCAUAAUGAUCUACUUUGACAAAAAAAGAAAUCAUAAUGAUCUACUUUUUGAAGUUAAGCCAUUAUUUGAAAUUUAGAAACUGGUUUCAACUAGUAUUGAAAACAAAAAUUAGACUAGGAGUGAUAGCAUAUGAAAUGACAACUAGGCACGAAAACGGGGCAACAAUUAUCUCCCCAAAUUUAAAUUU